CUCCCAGGCUUUAGUUUCCCGCUGUUUUAUGUUUGUUGUUCAGUUGCUAAGUCGUGUCCGACUCUUUGCAACCCCAUGGACUAUAGUCCACCAGGCUCAGCUGUCCAUGGGAUUUCCCAGGCCAGGAGGGGGAUGCUCUCAGGGGCCCAGUCACAUGGAAGGCUUGCAGGGAGAUGGCUGCGCACAGCUGCUCUCAGCCUUUUCCUGCAAGAUCAAAGAUGGGGUGAUCACAUUUAGGUGAGCAGGUUAAGCAUGGUGCAUUUUGUAAGCCUGUAAGGCUGUGCUUGCCCAGCUUCAAGACCAAAGAAAGAGCCCAGAGUCAAUAAUAGAGAUACAAACAUGAGUAGUUUAAUGGAGUAGCUUACAUGUCUGAAGCAAGGUCCUGGAGCGACUCCCUACCCUGUACAGCAGACAGCAGGCAGGACGUGGUGGCAGUCUUUGCUCCCGGGAGAAAGAGAGAUUACUAAUUAUAGGGGGAAUUGAUGUCAGGUGGGCUCAUUAGUUACCGGGAAACCACUAGAGGGACACGCCCCUCACCAUCCCUUUGAUACGCUAUCAUUACCUGGGGCAAGUACGCAGGAAGGUCAGUCAUGUACUUAAGAUAAGGGUGAAGCAGGCACUGGUUGGGCAGAGGACAUACAGAGAGCAAGAGAACAGCCAUCUCAAGUGACCUGACUGUACACAGGGUUUUCUGGAAGAACUGGCUCAAAGAGAAGAUGGAAAGUUAGCCAGCAUGGGCAUAAAAGCUGGAAAGCUCCUGGAUUCAGACAGUUAAUGCUUAGAAUCUGCCUGCUGAUGUGUGCCUGAAACCUUCCUAGACGGGGCCCACUGGCCCACAUGAGAAGUGAAAGUGGCAGCUGAGGCCUCUCAGCCUGGAUUAUACCUGCCCUAGGAGAACACCGCAGUAGCGGGACAGAUGCAGUAUUAGGAGACGGAGAGAAAAGGACUCAUGGCUUCUGACGCCAGUCACGUGCUAGAAGCUGCCCUGGAGCAGAUGGACGGAAUCAUCGCAGGAACUAAAACAGGGGCAGAUAUUAGUGAUGGAACCUGUGAGCCUGGACCGACCUCCCCAGGCUCCUACAUGAACCCCUUCCCAGUGCUCCAUCUCGUCGAGGACUUGAGGCUGGCCUUGGAGAUGCUGGAGCAUCCUCAGGAGAGGGCAGCCCUCCUGAGCCAGAUCCCGGGCCCCACAGCUGCCUACAUAAAGGAAUGGUUCAAGGAGAGCUCGUCCCAGGUAAAUCACCACAGUGCUGCCGGUAAUGAAACGUACCAGGAACGCUUAGCACGCCUAGAAGGAGAUAAGGAGUCCCUCAUAUUACAGGUGAGUGUCCUCACAGACCAAGUGGAAGCCCAGGGAGAGAAGAUUCGGGACCUGGAAGUGUGUCUGGAAGGGCACCAGGUGAAACUCAAUGCUGCCGAAGAGAUGCUUCAGCAGGAGCUACUAAGUCGUACAUCUCUUGAGACCCAGAAGCUCAAUCUGAUGACCGAAGUGUCUGAGCUGAAGCUCAAGCUGGUGGGCAUGGAGAAGGAACAGAAAGAGCAGGAGGAGAAGCAGAAAAAAGCAGAGUCGGUUCUGAAUGUGAUCAGUGAGCUGCAGGAGCAGAUGUGUAGGCUGCAGCUGGACAUCCACAGGCAGAUGCAACAGCGCCUCUCUCUCAGUAGGGACUACCCUGAGGAGGUGGCGGCCGGCGACGGUGCGGCCCGGCCCCAGCCCUGCGGCCAGGACUGUGCCCACGGGGAGGGGUCACCUGAGUUACUGCAGGAGCUCCGGCACCUCAAAAUCAAGGUGGAAGAGUUGGAAAAUGAACGGAAUCAGUAUGAAUGGAAACUGAAGGCCACCAAGGCUGAGGUAGCCCAGCUGCAAGAGCAGGUGGCCCUGAAGGAUGCAGAAAUUGAGCGUCUGCACAGCCAGCUGUCCAGGUCAGCAGCUCUGCACAGUGACCACGCAGAAAAAGACCAAGAAAUUCAACGUCUGAAAAUGGGGAUGGAAACUUUGCUUGUUGCCAAUGAAGACAAGGACCGUCGGAUAGAGGAGCUUACAGGGCUGUUAAACCAGUACCGAAGGGUGAAUGAGAUCGUGAUGGCAACCCAAGGGCCUUCAGAAAGAACGCUCUCCAUCAAUGAGGAAGACCUGGAGGGAGGUUUCAGGAACUGGAACACUGCGAAUAAAGGCCCCGAAGACCUAUUUAAAUCAGAGGUGUCUCCAAGAGGCAGCCCUCCCACAGCGGGGCCACCCCCAUUACCGCAGAAAUCACCGGAAACCAGGGCUCAGAAAAAACUCUCCUGUAGUCUCGAAGACUUGAGAAGUGAAUCUGUGGACAAGUGUGUCGGUGGGAACCAGCCCUCCCCCGUGGUAGAACCCAAGGAUGGCCCUUUCCUGGUGGAGCACAAGUACCCCACAUUACCUGGGAAGCUUCCAGGAGCCACGCCCAACGGAGAGGCUGCCAAGUCUCCACCCACCGCCUCCCCACUGGACCCCGCAGGGAGCAGCCCGCUGAGGCUGAACCGUGGCCGGAGUGUCAGUGCCCCCGUAUUAGGAGACACAGAAAGUGGCUGGGAGGACACUGCCAUGGCCAAUGACUCAUCCAUGUCAUCGGGCACCGAGUCCAGCCCCCAGUCUCCCCUGACACCAGAUGGUAAACGGAGCCCUAAAGGCAUCAAGAAGUUCUGGGGAAAGAUCCGAAGGACUCAGUCAGGAAACUUUAACACCGAUGCUCCAGGGGUGGCCGAGUUUCGACGAGGUGGGCUCCGGGCAACUGCAGGGCCAAGACUGUCCAGGACCAGAGAUCCCAAGGCUCAGAAAAGUGACGCCAACGCCCCCUUUGCCCAGUGGAGCACAGAGCGUGUAUGCACGUGGCUGGAGGACUUCGGCCUGGCUCAGUAUGUGAUCUUUGCGAGGCAAUGGGUGACUUCUGGCCACACUUUACUGACAGCUACCCCUCAGGACAUGGAAAAGGAGCUGGGAAUUAAGCACCCUCUUCACAGGAAAAAGCUGGUUUUAGCAGUGAAAGCCAUCAACACCAAGCAGGAGGAGAAGUCUGCACUGCUGGACCACAUUUGGGUAACACGUUGGCUUGAUGAUAUUGGCUUACCCCAGUACAAAGACCAGUUUCAUGAAUCCAGAGUCGACGGGCGAAUGCUGCAGUACCUGACGGUGAACGACCUUCUCUUCCUAAAAGUCACCAGCCAACUACAUCAUCUCAGCAUCAAAUGUGCCAUUCACGUGCUGCAUGUUAACAAGUUCAACCCUCACUGCCUGCACCGGCGGCCGGCUGAUGAGAGUAACCUCUCUCCUUCAGAAGUUGUGCAGUGGUCCAACCACAGGGUGAUGGAGUGGUUGCGGUCCGUGGACCUGGCGGAAUACGCGCCCAACCUUCGUGGGAGUGGCGUCCACGGAGGGCUCAUUAUCCUAGAGCCACGCUUCACAGGGGACACCCUGGCCAUGCUACUCAACAUCCCACCACAAAAGACGCUCCUCAGACGUCACCUGACCACCAAAUUCAAUGCCUUGAUUGGCCCUGAGGCUGAGCAGGAGAAGCGAGAGAAAAUGACCUCACCUGCUUACACACCACUGACCACCACAGCCAAAGUCCGGCCAAGGAAGCUGGGAUUUUCACAUUUUGGAAACAUAAGAAAAAAGAAGUUUGAUGAAUCGACGGACUACAUUUGCCCAAUGGAGCCCAGCAACGGUGUCGGUGAUGGUCACAGGGCCUACAGUGGCACCCGGGGCCUCAGCACACUUGAUGCCCCAGAACUGGACGGGCUGGACCAGAUGGCACCUUCGGAAGGCACCGUGACGCAGAUAGGGCUCCUCUCCCAAGACAUUCACCGCCUCACGACGAUGCUGAGCCAGGACCAGCUGCUGACCGACUCCCGCUUGGCCACUCCCAGAUCUGAGGACUGGAGAUGACUCUCUUCAUGGCUGGCAGCCCAGAGAGGCACGUGUGUGGGUCCCGAGUCCGCUUCGAUGGGAAGCUGGCCCACGGCCACCCACAGAGCCCAGAGUGGGCCCCAGGGCAUCUCCGACGUGGGUGCUGACAGGACAAUGCGAGGCUGUGGAACAGAUGUGCACGAGGUGGCCCACAGGUUUUCAACUGUGCUGUGCUCUCCACCACAGCCUGUGUACUUUUAUAAGUGGGCUGUAGAGCGCUUUUGCAGGGAGGGCAGUGAGAUGCCCACACACACUCAAUGACUCACGCCAUCCCUAGUGACAGCCCGGGGCUCUUACACCAAAGGGGAAAGGCUGUGAGUCACAAAAGCUUUGCUGGAAAAAAAAAAUUCUGAAUGUUCUGAGCUGACUGAAGGGGUAGGAAGCCCCCUCCCGGGCUGCUUCCAUAUGAAAGCUUGUAGUGCAUUUCCGUUCCCAGGAAUCCGGCUGGAGUGACAGCAGGGAAGGAGGAAUGGACUCCCUUGACAAGGCUGCCCUUUUCUGCAGUGGUGUCUCAGGUUCUCAGGGCUGCGGGGCCUCCCAGCACCUGAGCAGACAUCUCUGCGGCCCUUCCCUCGUUAGCCUAAGAGGCUAUUUAUCUAAUCAAACAGCUCCCUCAAGUGGAAGGCCCUUUCCACUGCAAGACAUCUCAGUUAUGUCCUACCUCAGGGAGAGGCGCCAGCUCAGCGGCCACACCUCACCCUCGCAACCAGCCUUCCCCCCUGAGCAAUGGCCCUAACUCCUCCCUGUGGCGGCUCUAGCUCUGGCCUCAUCUCUCUAACUUCCCGGCGGGGGAGGGGGGGGUCUUCCACUUGAUCCCCUCCGGGUGUUCUCUGCACCAUCCCUGGGGGUAUGUUCCCAAAGCACUGUUUUCAUCCUGCUAAGAACUCAGUUCCGCAACCACCACAGAUUAGCAUUCAAAAGCCUUAGCACCCAAGACCCAUCUGAAUCUUCAGCAUUCAUGAACCCGUGCUCUAGCCAUGGCUCCUACCGUUCCCUCUCUGAAAUGUAUUUUUCUCCUCCGCCCUGUCACGAGGCUGAAUCCUGUCUGCUGAGGUUCAGAUCAGCCCAGCCUCUUUCAGGAGGCUUUCACUGCGGGUUGGAGGUCCACACCCCAUGGUGCUGUCUGACCUGAGCACCUCCUGGCUCUCCUUGAAGUGGUGUGGCACCUUUUUUCACCUGUGCGCAACACAAGCUCACUAAGCAUCUGCUACAGACAGGCCCCUGCAGACAAGAGUAAGGCCCUUCCCCAUCAUCUAAUUCCCUCACAUGUGCAAGUUAAAUACCUUCCAUUCUGGGCCAAGGAGCACUGGGGAUACAGGGAUGAAUGCCAAGGUCUUUGCCUGAGGGUGUGGAUGGUCCAGUGUGGGAGUACAGGUCUGUUUCAGAUAAGAGCGUGUGCUGAGCGUUACAGAGGCUCCAAUAGAAGGGUCUACAGCCCCAAAGAGCAAAUUGUCAUUUUUAACGGAGCGCUGGGGAGGGGGACUGAAAAGGCUCCAAGGAAGAGGUGAUACUUGAAUUUUGAAAGAUGAGUCAGGGCCAAGUAUGCUUGAGGGGAAAGGCACUCCAGGCGGAUGGACCCGAACCAUCCCAGCACGCCCAAGGAGGUACCUGAAGUUGGUAGGACAAGAGCGGAGCUUCUUGAGCCCUGCACUGCGGUCAUUCGGGGCUGGUAAGUCACUGUGCUGGGGCCAUCCCGUGUGCUCUAGGAUGUUUAGCAGCAUCCUUGGUCUCUCCCUCUAGAUGCCAAUAGCUCCCCUCUAGUUGAGGACCUCUGGGCCAGAGAAGGAGGCCCAAGGAAGGAAGGAUCUGGUGAGGUCAGCUGGAGCCCAGAUCAAGAAAGGCUUGGUAAGCCAGCCUCCUGGAAUUGACCUUGGAGACACACGGUGUCCAGGGAGGGAGUACUGAAAGCAAUGAGAGGCUUAAAGCAGGGGACAGGCAUGGUGUGAUUUGUGUUUAAAAGAAACAUCUGAAGGGAAGACCUACCUACUCAUCGUGCAGUGCCCAGCACUGUGUCUUUCUCUGAGUAGGGACCUCACUGAGGGUGAGCUCAACUGGUGGAUGGAUGAAGGCUAAGCUGCCACCAUCUCCCCCAGCCCGCACUGGCCCUCUGAGACUGACCUGUUACGCCACCUGUGGAUACUGCACCACUGCACUUCAGAGAAUUCUCUUGAGCUGUCUUCCUCUCUCUCUCUCCUGUAUCCCUUCACUCUGCCCUGCUACCCACAUAUACACGUGUGUAAGAAGUCCAGUGACAUCAAGUUCAAACAAUGCUGCUACUACGCCAGUUUUUUGCAAAAAGCGAACAACUUGGAGUUAAACUCAAGUUUGAAGCCCAGCUCUGCCACCUACUGGCUGAAUGACCUAGGGACAACAGCUUCAUGUCUAAGUUGCCACGUCUGUAACUUGGAGAACAAAAUCCGCAUGGGAUUUCUGGCUCAGCAGAGGGGAGAGCAGCCAAAAUGGCAGAGUAACAAGACCCAGAUCUCACCUGCUUUCACGAGCACACCAAAAUCACAACUAUCUGCAGAACAGCCAUCGAUAAAAAAAAAGACUGUAGAGAUUUUCUACAGUUAAUGACAUAAAGAAGGAACCACGAUGAAACAGGUAGGAAGGAUGGACUUGUAAUACAAUCAAAUCCCAUACCACCUCCCCGGGGGUGGGUGACCCACAGACUAGGGAAUAAUAAUUACGUUUGUUAGAUUCUCCUACAAGAGCAAGAGUUCUGAGCCCCACGUCAGGCCCCCAAGCCCAGGGCUCUGGUCAGAUCUCUCCAGAGCAGCUGUUUCUGAAGCCAGUGGGGCUUAACUGCAGAAGCCCCACAAGCCUGGGGCAAACAGAGACUCCAUUCUUAAAGGCACAUACAAAACUCCAUGUACACAGGGCAAAAGAAGUAGUUUGUCAAGAGCCUGAGCCAGACCUACCUGCUGGUCUUGGAGAGUCUCCUGGAGAGGAAGGGAGUGGGUGUGGCUCACGCUGGGGACAGAGACACGAGUGGCAGCCAUACCCGGGAGCAUUAGGGAGCUUGAACAUGGUUGAUGGCAGCAGCUGACAGCUUGGCACAGUAGCUCAAGGACCACACCCUGCCCAGUGGCCUACAGGCCACAGCACUGGGCCACCUCAGGCCAAAGAACUGGGCAGGACACAGCCUUGCCCAUCAGCAAAUGGGCCAUUUGGGUUUACCCCUCAACACAGCCCAACUCAUCAGAGGGCUAAGACCUGGCUCGUAAAGCAAGAAAACUACAAUUCCCCAACAUAGGCCAGACUAUACCCUGGGACCAGGUGGGCCCUAAACACUAAUAGGCCAACACAACCUUUCAGGACACCCCAGGUCCCAUGCCCAACUGUGUGAGGAACCAAUGAUCUCAAGCUCUAGGGUCUUUGGCCCUACAGUCAGACUUCAGGAACUAGCUCUGCCUGCCAGUAGUCUGGCCCUAACCCCCAGGAACUGGUUUCAUCUGUCAGCAGGUGGGCAACAGCCGCAGGGUCUUGUGACCCUGAUUCUGCCCACCAGUGAGCCAGCACUAGCCCCGGGGCCUCCUUGGGUUAAGCCACACCCAACCAGCCCAGGGGGGCAUCCAAGCCCAAUGCACCACAACAUAAAGGCCCAUGCUGCCCUCUUAGGGGGAACCCUAGAACAUAGAGCUUGGGUAAGGAGAGGAAUACACUGCAAGGAUGCUUCCUACACAAGGCCACUUCUCCAAGGUCAAGAAAUGUAACUAACCUACCACUUACAUACAAAGAGUAAUUCAGACAGAAUGAGGUGGCAGAGGAAACCACCACUGCUGAAAAGAAUGAAAAAAAAUGAGGUGAGUUUAAGAGAACUCUGGGACAACAUCAAGCACAUUAAUAUUUGCAUUACUAGGGUCCCAAAAAGAGAAGAGAGAAAGGGCUCGAGAAAAUAUUUGAAGAGAUAAUAGCUGAAAACCUCCCUAACCUGGGAAAAGAAAUAGUCACCCAAGUCCAGGAAAUGCAGAGAGCCCCAAAGAGAAACAUAGCAAGUCACAUUGUAAUCAAAA